AUGCCAUUUCCAUACGCAUGGGUCAAACUGAAUCAAUCAGGAGAUGCGGAAAGGACGGUCACACCUAGAGCUGGCCAUACCUUGACGCCCAUUCGCAAUGCCUAUGUGGAAGGCUUUUUUCUGUUUGGUGGUAUGGAUGGAAGGAGGAACGAUCAGGGAAACCCCGCGCCCAACAGCGAUUUGUUUGUGCUGAAGCUGGGCGCCCGGGGCGAAUGCAAGUGGUCACCCAUUGAGCUGGACGCUGCGUCUCAAGUUCCUCCUGCGAGAACGCUCCACUCUGCUUUGGCGACCAGUGCGGAUGAGAUUUUCAUCUGGGGUGGAAUUCAUUCUGCUAUGCCGUUCCAAACUUUGCAGGAUGGAUGGAUUUUGGACACCUCUUGCAUGGAGUGGAAGAAGGUGCACUUUAAAGCCGCGCCCACAGGAAACCGCGGCAGCGCCUCACGCCGCAUGAGCGGCUUGAUCCAGGACCGUUCGGCCGAGGAGGCCGGGAGGAAGAAGAGCAGCUCCUUGAAGCUGAGAGGCUCCAAAGCGCGCGCCUCCAUGAGCGACAGGCGCGGUGGAGGAUGA